AUGGGUGGCCUCAUUUCAAAAGACUCGCCCUUCCAAGAAGGGCACAACUUUAUGAUGACAACAAACGACAUAGUAAUAAUCCGCAAUUCGUUGGUUAAUCUCAUUCGAGCAAUCAGUUUAUUCAUCAUCAUGCCUGUAUACUUCAUAGCCAACUUCCCUCCCAAACCCUGCGAAGUUUAUGACCAAGUGUGUUUCGAAAAACGGGACAAGGCACCAUAUGAUCUUACUAUGUCGUUAGAUUCAUUUAUCUUCGAACUCCUUUAUGCUGUGGUUGUUUACGUAGAGCUAUUGAAUUUCCGUAUGCGUUCUGAUGUAAUGAGAAUCGACAUGAAAAUGAAGAAAGAAGCUCGAGAAGAAAUUGAAACGUCGGCUGAAUCAAUGCAACGUUUUUGA